AUGUAUCCAAACGGGCAAAGGGACCCUUCGCGGCCCUUUCAGAUGCCGCCGCCACCACCGCCAAUGUCCCCUCCCAACGCCUCGACCCUGGGCCCCGGCAUGAUGAACAUACCUCCCCCUCCGCCAAGAUACCCAAGUGCUCCUGGACAUCUCGGCCCGGCUGGCCUUCCACCGCCUCCUGGACCGCCGCCGGGAAGUGCUCUGAACCAACAAGCGCCGUGGCAUAGUACUUGGGGUCGCAUGUACGAUAGUCGGGGGACUUUUGUCCCACCGCCUCCACCGACGCAGCAUACAACAAAUUACAAUCCGAAGCUUCACGCGGGAGCGGCUCCCGGCCAAAUCAUCACUAUCCCUCCUCCACCUCCCCCAAGCGAGCAGAUGUCUGCGACGUAUAUCCCGCAGGGCGACACAUAUGGUGAAGGUGUCGGUAUCCCCGGACUGGGUGGUAUAGCGGAUGAGAUGAUGGCGCCCAUGGCGGGACACAGCCCAUGGGCACAGGCUGCUGGCCACGGUCAGCCCGGCGGCGGUUCGACUCCGCUAGACGACCAAGCUGGACGGGACAGGCUCUACCCGAGCGGCUUGCAAAACAGAGGCGCUUCGACGGCAAGUAAUGCUACGACAUCUGGCGGAGUUCCUCAUGAGCUUGCCGUUCAGUGGCCGCUUGAUAAGGUGCUGCUGUGGCUACAAGGCAACAACUUCUCGAAGGAUUGGCAAGAGACGUUCAAGGGACUCAAUCUGCAUGGAGCGCACUUCCUCGAGCUUGGCAGUGCCCAUGGUGGGCGCGGCAACUUUGGUAUGAUGCAUCAGCAGGUUUACCCAAGGCUGGCGCAAGAGUGUACCACGAGUGGUACUGGCUGGGACCAGACGCGGGAGCGAGACGAAGGCAAGAGGAUGAGACGUCUUAUCCGUGCAAUAGUGACUGGUCGCCCUGUCGAUCUCGCCAAAAUGACCACAUCACACACGCGAAAGGAAUCCAUCUCGGGAGGGCAGAUGAGCCUUCCGAGUGCUGGUACUGACGCCGGUGACUCUCCGAAUACACCCAUCAAGGCGCCAGGUCCUGGAUUUUCGGGCCGGAGAGUGUCGACCACGAGGACGACCACGAUGCCCACAUUGACUAACAGCACCAUGAGCUCAGACAACAGCCAUAGGAACUUACUGAAGCAUAUUGACGCAGACGGCCGCCGGCAAAGUCCCACCGCCAGCGAGCCCGGCGAAGCAGGCGGUGCCCGUGUCAUCGGCAAGGACAGCCCGAGCGGCAGCCCAAAUCUCCCCAUACAAGCACAGUUCGCCUCAUCGACCCCGAACCUGUCGGCGUCACCGCAUAGUGCACGAUUCGGACAUCGCUCGCGGAACAGUACGGAUUCUCUGUCAUCCAACGCGGCUCACUACGGAUCUGGAGUGCCUCCGGAGGCUAGCCAGAUGCUGCGGAAUGGUAUGAACAUUGACGAGAUCAUGAGCAGUACCCGCAACGGAGAGGGGCGAAGAUACGGCCAUGAAAGCCGACAUUCCCCGCUCGAGUCUGGGGACAGGUCUGCCGGCACGGAGCCCCCUUCAAGUGCAAAAGAGAAAUCCUUCCUCUCGUUCCUGUCGAGGAAGAAGAGACAGGAGAAUAACGGCACUUACCCAUCGCCGGAAGACCUAGAAUCGCCAACAAGUCCGGCGCUUAACUUCAAACCCAGCUCGCUGGGCACCAGGACGGGCCAUUCCAGCGAAACCUCGCUCGAUCGACCCAAUUCCUACUUUUCCGUACUUGACCCGAAAGCUAAACGCUCACUUAUGGGCCGCGCUUUUGUUCUAGCCACUGCAGAUCAUUGGAACUACCGAAUGGUGGACGUAACAGACGUUGAGAAUGCCACUGAGCUGCGGCAAACCAUCUGCAUCAAUGUCGGGUUGCCUGAUGCCGAUGCACACAUCUAUGUCACCGAGCUGGGCAAAUUCGAUCACGACGAUGCCCUGGAUGAUAUCAGACUGCUAACGAACAGGAAGCUCAAGGCAGACGGCUCUGGCAGCCUCAAGCUUUAUGUCCAGCCCAAAGCCAUGGCUGGUCUCGGCGUCAAUGUGGCUGCCGAGGGACAGCUAUCGCCCUCUUACGUGCCCCCCGGCUUUUCCAGGGAUGAGGAUGCCUACGCACGCCUCAACGGCCAGCGUCCCCGAUCGAGCUCGUCACCGCCUUCCUCGAGACAGAACUCGACUGCCGUACCGGCGCAGAACGACAGGGAUGACAAGGCGCUGGCGCAAGAGGCCACUGAUUACAGAGCGGAGAUGGCGAGAAAGGGACAAGCCUAUCUGGAGAAACGAAGGCAAGCAGCCUUGAAAGAAAACUCUCCUUCCGAGAGUGCCUCUUAUGGUAUUGUUGGCAGGAACGUCGACUUCGACCAACCUCGCGGCUCUCCCUUCGAAGACAAGCAUCCCGACAAGCUGUUCCCCCAGAGGCGAGCACCGGCUCCCCCCGGCGAUCCUUCUGCGACUCUAAUCAAAGCCAACUCGUUGAGCAAGAAGACGGGCGAUCGCAUGCGAUUGUCACAAGGCAGCAUAGAGGGCUACCCUCGGCGACCGUCAACUUCGACAGGUGAAAUGCCCGAGAUGUCGGAAGCCGGCAAGAGGCGACCAGCGCUCGCCACCAACCCCGCAGGAGGUAUCAAGUCCGCACUGGCCGGCAUGGGCCGGGGCUUUGCUGGCCUUGGGCAUCCAAGUCGCAGUCUCUCGCCAAACCGGGUCGCGUCUGCGCCCGUGAAUGCAAACACGGAGAACUCUGGUUUCGACCAGCAGCGAGGUAAGCGAACGUCCAAAGUCGAUUUCAUAUCAAAGGACGGCGGAGAUGCGUCUGGCCGGGGCAGCUCUCCGUCCGGGUCGCUGAGCAGUGGCACGUGGAGCAAGGAUCACUUGCCAUUGUUUGUGCCCGACUACUCGCCCGGUGGUGCCCUGCUGGCUCCUAGUGACUUCAACAAUGAUCUCGUCCACAAAGUCGGUCGUGACAGUGACAGCGUUGCUAAGACUCGCACUGCAGGAUCACACAAUCAACGCGCUCCUUUCCCGGGCGACUUGACGCCAGCGUCGCGAAUGAGCGCCAACUUCGCCCGGAUCGAGUCUGCUCCUCUGCCGAGGCGUAAGAGCCAUGGGCCAGAUGUCAAUUUUGUCGAGACCGAGGUCAACUUCUCGCGGCCUGCGCCAGCCGCCCAGCCGGCUGCCCAGGACGAGGAUUCGGGUGACGACUCUGACGAUGGUCUGUUUGCUGUUCCGAUCUCUUCCCGAAGCCAGGGUAACGACAAAGGGAAAGGAACAGCGACCCCGACGCAGGGCAAGGAGGGCAAUGCCAGCGGCUCGGUAGAGCGACGCCCGAGUUUGACAUUGAAUACUACGCGUACUUCGCGGGCAGGCAAGGGUCUUUCGGUAUCCUUUAACUCUCCACAGUCGGCCAACCCCAAGACGGGCGAGGGUGACGACGACGAGUCUGCUCGGAGUUCGAGAAGCUCGCAGCGCACCCCGGCUUCCGAUGCGUGGGAGUCGGAGAACGAUAGCAUGCUCAACAGACGUAAGUCUUUCAUCGAGAAGGAUGUUUGGGCUGUCCGUCCCCCUACCGAUGCGCUUAUCGACAACCUCGAGGACUUCUUCCCGAACCUCAACGUCGAUCAGCCGGUGCUCGAAGACGGCGAGGUAGAGAUGCCGCCGUCCCCGAUUGCGGAAGCCGACGAGAACGUGCAAGAGCAAGCCAAGUCUCCGGCGCCAACACCGUCCAUGCCCACGUCGCCUCCUCCUGCCAUUCCUCCCUCUCGCACUGCUUCUCUCUACAAUGAAAGCGACACCCUCGGCUCCGAUGAGUCCACCCUCAAAGCACUGGAGCGCCCCGCAUCUAUCCAGUCUGUUGCACAGCGAAGUGUGCGCCGCUCCGGCGGCCUAGGCCGCAUGAAGUCCAUCCGUGAGGUGGCGCGUGGCGCACAUGAGGCGAACAAGAGGUUCACGCAGACACAAAUUGCCCAGCAGCCGGCCGCAGCGAGCAAGAGCAGCAAUAACAACUCGGCCCUGCUGCGCCGCAAGUCGACCAAGAUGUUCAAUGCCAAUAUCGUGCAGAUCCGGCCAGACAGGGGCUCCAUCGUCAUGCCACAGAUUCCACAGGACGUCCUACCCAAGCGACAGACGACGUUCCGUUGGUUCAAGGGUCAGCUUAUUGGGAAGGGCACUUAUGGGCGCGUCUACCUGGGUAUGAAUGCCACGACGGGUGAGUUCUUGGCCGUCAAGGAGGUCGAGGUCAACCCCAAGGCGGCGCAGGGCGACAAGAACAAGAUGCGGGAGAUGGUGGCUGCUCUCGACCAGGAGAUCGACACCAUGCAGCAUCUCGACCACGUCAACAUCGUGCAGUACCUGGGGUGCGAGAGGAAGGAGACCAGCAUCAGCAUCUUCCUCGAGUACAUCUCCGGUGGCUCCAUCGGCUCGUGUCUCCGCAAGCACGGCAAGUUUGAGGAGUCGGUCGUGGCCAGCCUGACCCGGCAGACCCUCUCGGGCCUGGCGUACCUGCACCGCGAGGGCAUCCUGCACCGCGACCUCAAGGCGGACAACAUCCUGCUGGACGUGGACGGCACGUGCAAGAUCUCGGACUUUGGCAUCAGCAAGAAGACGGACGACAUCUACGGCAACGACAAGUCCAACAACAUGCAGGGCUCGGUGUUCUGGAUGGCGCCCGAGGUGAUCCGGUCGCAGGGCCAGGGCUACUCGGCCAAGGUGGACAUCUGGUCGCUCGGCUGCGUGGUGCUCGAGAUGUUUGCGGGCCGGCGGCCGUGGAGCAAGGAGGAGGCCGUGGGCGCGAUUUACAAGAUUGCCAACGGGGAGACGCCGCCCAUCCCCGAGGACGUGCAGAUGACCAUCAGCCCGUACGCGAUCGCCUUUAUGCUUGACUGUUUUACUGUCAAUCCGUCGGAACGGCCGACGGCCAACAAGCUCCUCUCGCAGCACCCCUUCUGCGAGCUGGACCCCAACUACAACUUUAAUGACACGGAGCUGUAUGCCAAGAUCAGGGGUACAUUCCGGUAG